UCACGGAGACUGGGUUUGGGGGUGCUGCCCACCCCCGACUAAUUGUUUGCCAGAAAGGAAGCCUAGAGAUAGAUGUUUCGUUAACUGAGGGGUCCAAGGGGCUGCAUUAGUACGGACGGAAGGGAUCAGGAUCCACCCCCAUCAACCUCCCCCCAAAGUCGCCUCCUGCAAACAUUUUAACGGUCUAUCAAAGCAGGGCGGAGGGGGAGUUGCAAUUCGGGGAUUUGGUCAGAUGAUCCACGCCCCUUCCUCGGGUUUGAUGUUUAGGCCACGCCCACACCGAGCGGGGGCCAGUUCUAGACCACGCCUCUCCCCUGGGCGCGCGGAAGAACCAAAAAGGAGUAGUAUUGCGAAAUUGAAUUGAUCCAGAGCAACUAACGCGCCAAGGCCUGGGACGGGUCGUGUUCCGCAGGCGUCCGCCGAGGCCGCCCCGCCCGCAUUUUCGGGGAGCCCUCAUGGUUUUGCGCCUGCGCACUGCCCCCGCAAGCUCACGGGUUGGACGAACACGCAGAGUCGCCGCGGCGCGCAGAAGGGGAGGAGCAGGCAUGAGCAGGCGCGCGCGCGCCCGUCUGGAGGACGCUAAGGGAGCAGGCGAGUCGGGAGGAUCCAGUGGGUAGAGUGGUUCGCCCAGGUUUCUUUGGGCAGUGCGUAAGGCCGCUCUGGGCACGAGGGCGCUCAUCUCACUGGCUCGCUCGGUUCCCGGAGCAGAUCCGGGGCAGUAGGAGAGCGCCGGGUCAGGGGCCGCCGCCGCCGCCGCUCCCGGGGGACUCUGCCCGCCAGCCCGCAAGCCCGCGCUUCGCGGGCCCAGCCGUCAGGAUCAUAUCAACCAUUGGCUUGCCCUCUAAUAAAGUCAGCUGAAAGUGACUGCUCAAGUUUCUUCAAGAUGCCUGCAGCACUUGUGGAGAACAGCCAGGUUAUCUGUGAAGUCUGGGCCAGCAAUCUAGAAGAAGAGAUGAGGAAGAUCCGAGAAAUUGUGCUCAGCUAUAGUUAUAUUGCCAUGGACACAGAAUUUCCAGGUGUUGUGGUGCGACCAAUUGGUGAAUUUCGUAGUUCCAUAGAUUACCAGUAUCAGCUUUUACGGUGCAAUGUUGACCUUCUAAAAAUUAUCCAGCUGGGCCUUACAUUCACAAAUGAAAAGGGAGAAUAUCCUUCUGGAAUCAACACUUGGCAGUUCAACUUCAAAUUUAAUCUUACAGAGGACAUGUACUCCCAGGAUUCCAUAGAUCUCCUUGCUAACUCAGGACUACAAUUUCAGAAGCACGAGGAGGAGGGGAUUGACACAUUGCACUUUGCAGAGCUGCUUAUGACAUCAGGGGUGGUUCUCUGUGACAACGUCAAAUGGCUUUCAUUUCAUAGUGGCUAUGAUUUUGGCUACAUGGUAAAGUUACUUACGGAUUCUCGUUUGCCAGAAGAGGAACAUGAAUUCUUUCAUAUUCUGAACCUUUUUUUCCCAUCUAUUUAUGAUGUGAAAUACUUGAUGAAGAGUUGCAAAAAUCUUAAGGGAGGUCUUCAGGAAGUUGCCGAUCAAUUGGACUUGCAGAGAAUUGGAAGGCAGCAUCAGGCAGGCUCAGACUCGCUGCUGACGGGAAUGGCAUUCUUCAGGAUGAAAGAGUUGUUUUUUGAGGACAGUAUUGAUGAUGCCAAGUACUGUGGGCGGCUCUAUGGCCUAGGCACGGGAGUGGCCCAGAAGCAGAAUGAGGAUGUGGACUCUGCCCAGGAGAAGAUGAGCAUCUUGGCCAUCAUCAACAACAUGCAGCAGUGAUGGCGGCGAGGCUCUGGAGGGUGGGCCUGAUCCCAGAGUGGUGCUUAUGUGCUGACUGUUUGUGUGUACUUAUCUUCCUCCCCAAGAGAAAACGCUUCUUUUGAGCAAACCGUACCUACCAUCUGCGUUGACAGAAAGACUUCUGUUGCAUUGAAGACAAAAGACGUCUUUAUUUUAGAUCCAGAAGAGGGGUUUGCUCUGAAUUUGUAAACAAGUCUUCCCUAUUCCUCAUCCCCAAGCCUCUCCAAUUGCUUCCUGCCACCAGCAUCCAUGGCUCAUUUGACACCUUUUUAAAUAUCCGGGACAAGUCAGAGACGAACUAGUAAAAUAUAUAUAAUUCUCAUCUGUGUCAUUAUUUUUCUUUUAAAUCUGUUGCUCAUCUCUGAGGAUGAAGACUUCUUGACGUGAUUCUCAGCUGAGCUGAGGGCUUCCAGGGAAAGUGGAAUGACGUGGCGUUCUUGUGAAGUGGGAUAUAGAUGUCUUUUCCUUCCUUUCCUUUUUAAAAAUCUUUUUUGACCCUUCUCAAGGACAUUUGCUUUCUUUAUGCUUUGUUAGUCUUUCGUUGUGUACUAUUAUGUGGAAAUGAAUUACUCAGUGCUGACAUUUUGAAGACGAGAUAACGAAAACUUUUAUUAAAAACAAAAUUCUUCUGAAUCUGUCUACCCUUUAUUCAUGAGGAACUCCAGAACGGGUGUUAAGUUAACCACUUAUGCGUCUUUAAGUCUCUAUUCCAUUGUGCCACUGAGAUUUGCUGUCACAUGUUUAUCAUUUGAAAUCAUUUUAAAUUUUAAUAAAAUAUGCUGGAUUUGUUCCUGAAGGAAAUAAGAUCAGAAUUUUGGACUGUAAGUCUUAUAUUUUCAGUAAUGUGAUUUCAGAUGGUCAUGUGUAUUCCCCCAUGUCUCUUUGUUCUCCCUGCCUUUCCUUUCAGCAAACCUGAGAAGUUGGGGAGAUGGAUUAUGUGAGUACCAGCAAUGUGUUUAAAAAGUUAUAGUGGUACAUGUAAACAGGGCAGUAAGGAAUUUGGUUAGAGUUUUCUUGGAAUAAUAUCCCACAAUGGGUGUAGGAAGCUCAGGACUGUGAUCUUUUUUUUUUUUUAAACUGGUCAUUUAAAAAAUGCAUUGUUUUUUGAAUGACUACAGUAUGACCAAUUUAGAAAAACCAAAAACCCCUUUGAAAUGGUGGAAAUGAAAACUGGUAACUCACUGAAGUGGAUGAAUAGUCUUGCAUUUUAAAAGCUUAUGAAAAACUCAAUUUCAGAUGAUUCAAAAUGUCAAGUAUUAUAAGCUGGUAUUUAAGAUGCUUGUAAAUAUUAUUUAUGUUUUUAAUUUUGUAAAAUAAAGAUUUCUUUUUAACCACUGGCA